AGAAUUCGAUUACUAUUUAGCAUACACUCUUCCAAAAAGCUCCCCUCCUCAAUUUGCCAAGCUAUUUUCCAUGGCAUAAGCUUUCUCUCUCUAAAACACCUUUGGUUUCAUCGAUUUCUGUCGGCUCUUCAAUGGCGUCAAUAUCUGGGUUGUGUUCAUCAUCUUCGAGUUUGAUCCCAAAACCACACUUACCAUCAUCAUCAUCAAAAACCCAGUUCCCAUGGAUGAUCUCUUUUCCACUUCGGACUGAUGAGACCUUAAAGACUUCCUUUUCAGGUGUCAGUAGCCAUAGUUUGUUGACGCAUUCUGUGGCACGUGAUGUUCCGUCAAGUCUGCCAAAGACGGCUUCCACCGGUGAUGAGUUGUCGGCUGGAUCAGUGGCGAACAAAGGGUUAGAAACAGACCCGAAAAUCCUGUGGGAGAGAUACACAGAGUGGUUGUAUCARCAYAAGGAMUUAGGMYUGUAUUUGGAUGUGAGUCGMGUUGGKUUUACSGASGARUUYGURAAGGAAAUGGARCCUAGGUUUWUGAAGGCGYUYAARGCGAUGGAGGAKCUKGAAAAGGGGGCAAUYGCGAAUCCAGAUGAAGGRAGAAUGGUSGGSCAUUAUUGGCUUAGAAACCCUAAAUUGUCUCCUAAUUCGUUCUUGAGGUUGCAGAUUGAGAAUACACUUGAAGCUAUUUGUGCAUUCUCCGAGGAAAUCGUCGGGGGUAAGAUAAAGCCCCCUUCUUCUCCAGCUGGUCGCUUCACACAAAUCCUCUCUGUUGGAAUUGGAGGUUCUGCUCUUGGACCACAGUUUGUUGCAGAGGCUUUAGCACCUGAUAAUCCUCCUCUCAAGAUAAGGUUCAUCGACAAUACGGAUCCAGCAGGAAUUGACCAUCAAAUUGCUCAACUUGGCCCAGAAUUAGCAUCGACACUAGUAAUAGUGGUUUCAAAGAGUGGAGGCACCCCAGAAACCAGAAAUGGUUUGUUGGAAGUACAGAAGGCAUUUCGUGAAGCCGGGCUGGAAUUUGCAAAACAGGGUGUUGCCAUUACACAAGAGAAUUCACUACUAGACAACACUGCAAGGAUCGAGGGGUGGUUAGCUAGAUUUCCCAUGUUUGAUUGGGUUGGUGGAAGAACUUCUGAAAUGUCUGCUGUCGGUCUACUUGCUGCAGCCCUUCAGGGAAUCGACAUCAAAGAAAUGCUUGCUGGUGCAUCACUAAUGGAUGAGGCAAACAGGACUACUGUGGUCAAGAACAACCCUGCUGCAUUGCUGGCAUUAUGCUGGUACUGGGCUUCUGAUGGUGUAGGAUCAAAGGAUAUGGUGGUACUUCCCUACAAGGACAGCCUUUUGUUAUUUAGCAGAUAUCUGCAGCAGUUGGUGAUGGAGUCUCUUGGGAAGGAAUUUGACCUUGAUGGCAAUAGGGUAAAUCAAGGGCUUACCGUGUAUGGAAACAAAGGGAGCACAGAUCAGCAUGCGUACAUUCAACAGCUACGAGAGGGUGUGCACAAUUUCUUUGCAACAUUCAUUGAGGUAUUACGUGAUAGGCCCCCUGGUCACGAUUGGGAGCUUGAACCAGGGGUCACUUGCGGUGAUUACUUGUUUGGAAUGUUACAGGGAACACGAUCAGCACUAUAUGCAAAUGGUAGGGAGUCCAUUACAGUCACCGUGCAAGAAGUGAAUCCCAGAUCAGUCGGGGCUCUGAUAGCUCUUUAUGAACGAGCAGUCGGUAUUUAUGCAUCCCUCGUGAACAUCAACGCCUACCAUCAACCUGGAGUUGAAGCUGGGAAGAAAGCAGCAGGAGAAGUGUUAGCUCUACAGAAGCGGGUUCUUUCAGUUCUUAAUGAAGCCAGUUGUAAGGACCCUGUUGAACCGUUAUCCCUCGAGGAAGUAGCUGAUCGCUGCCAUGCUCCCGAAGAUAUCGAAAUGAUCUACAAGAUCAUUGCGCACAUGGCUGCCAACGAUCGAGCUAUUAUUGCUGAAGGCGAUUGUGGUUCGCCUCGAAGUGUCAAAGUUUUUCUUGGGGAGUGUAACGUUGAUGCGCUAUAUGAUUGAUCAGACUCGGCCUGUACCUGUAACAGUACUCCAUGCUUCUUUUCUUUAACUAAAUUCAAAGAUAAAAAUUAUGAUCUUAAACGAAAUAAGAUUGUUCAUUCACAUUUGAGGAACACAUAUUUUGGCAUUGUACUAGUCAAGAUAUAUGUAUGUUAAAAGUUCUUUUUUAUUGUGGGUCUUAUUUAUAUUAAGAGAACUAAAUUCUUGGUC